AACACAGAGGGCGUCAAUCCAACCCGCGAGCGACAGUUUCAAAAUCUGCAGAGGGGCCACAAAAGAUAAAAAUGGUCUUCACCCGCUUAAUAGGUUCUUUGUUCUCGUUCGUCCCGUGCAGUUGCGUAGGUCUUCCUCCCGAGGACUAGUUCCUCCGGGAACGCCGGUAUUAAACUGCAGUAGGGACCGAGCAUUAUCGGACUUUUCCUCCGCACGCGGCCCGGGCACGUGUCGCAUUUUGCCAGGAUGCCGAGCAUCCACGACCAUGUCGAUGCGCGGUGGCGUAAAAAGCCGAACACCCUAUUUCAAGAGCUGCCUGCGCCCAGCACGACAUCACCGAAGCACAAGCUGGCGGAGUUCCGCAGCCUUCCGGCGACCGAGAUGGAAGCCCGCGCCUGGCAAUUGGAGGUCGACGGGCUGUAUCCUCUGCAAAAGCAUCGUACCCAUUCUGCGUAUAAUUUACUGCACCAGUCAUGCAUGGCAAAUUGAGACCUUUCGUGACCUGAAUCAGCAGUAAGUACAACAAAAUUCCACAUUUCUUCUUGCCAAAAUUCCUGAUGCAGUUUAUCCUACUGCGAUAGGGCGAUACUUUUCCAAUGCAUAGGCUGGAGCGAAAAAACGCGCACCUGGAGCACGACCUGAAACAGGAGACGCAACAGAAGCGCUUUCUUGAGCAGGAAUUCGCGCAACUGCAGGAGAAAGUGCGGAGCCUGGAACUAGAGAACUUGACCUUGCUCGGGCGCGGUUUCGACGGCGAAAGUACAGAUGCGACCGCCGAGGGCGAAUCACUACCGCGGACGGAAUCGGGGCAUCAGGCCGGCGGAGAGCGGAAGAAGGUUGGGGUGACGAGUAGUGAUCGCUUUUCAGAGGGAUCUGCUACGCGUAGAAUCCAUUGCGGCGGGCCAAGCGGCGCUGGGAAUGGACGAGAUGGAGCAGCCGGAGCUGAAUCUAGACAGUCAAGGUCAAGAUCUUAUUGCGGCAUGUCGUUUCAGUUGAUUCUCCCCUUUUUAUCACAUAGCUCAGGGUACGGGAGAGGGAGAUUGUUUGACUCUUACCGCGGGAUCUUGUAAAAGCAACAUACACAACCUGCAGCUGCAGGCCCGUGGGCCAGAGUUAGGCGGAGUGAUGUAGGUAUCUUGAAAAUUAUCUGCAACAGGCGUUUGAUUGGCGCAUCCAUCACGCACAGCUCCCCGGUGACCAUCAGGCCGAAGGGGCAAGAAACAGAGGCCGUUUGCGUUUUAGAAGCCGACGACCGAAAUACUAAACUCCUGACCGAGAAGGCGCAGCAUUUGCAGAGGCGGAUCAAUACGCUGGAGGCCGCGAACGCUUCGCUGGAAGAGACGCUGCUGAAUGUGGAGGACCAGUUUCAGACCACGGUAAGGUAGCAGAUAAUUCAUUUCGGGCAAGUAAAUAGAUGCGCAUAUUAGAAGAUAUUUGGAGCAGUCGUGCGCUUUUCUUUCUACUGGGAAGCGUGUGAUUCUUCGGGACUGCCUAGGGACACUCUAAACAUAAACUGCACAACAUCAGCUCCGGCGGUUGGAGCAAGAGUUCAAAGACCGGGAGACUCUGCUCAAAAAGGAGGUCCAGACGGCGCAAACCGCCCUGUGGCGGCACGAGAGCAGUUAGGGACCCCUCAUUUUUGGAUUGCGUCGCCGCGUCCAAGAAAAUUGCAUUUCGAUCCUGAACGCACGAUUUGUUUCGCUGUAUCUCUUGCCUCGCAUUAUAGUACUAAGUAGCUUUUCAUACACCAGUUCGAUCUAUCACCGGGGGUCGGGCAAGUAGGCUCGGUUCCGGUACACAUCGGAAUUUAUCGUGGACAAGGGGCGCAGUAUUUCUUUUCUUUUCGAUGGCAGUAUGGAAGUGUCAUGUGGAAAGGCAUCAAAGUGGAUAAAUGGGCGGCUAUGCAUGAAAUUGAAUAAAUAUUGCUACACAUCAUCAAAUUGAAAUAAUGCUAAGCAUCUGCAUUGCAGCGAGUGCGAGACGCGUGAAGCCAAGAAUCGUACACCUGACGUAAUAAUGACUCGUUGGGCGCUGAAUUAUAGCAUGACAAGAGCUGCACUCGCUUGUACUAACCCGGUCUUCGGUCAUCUAUGGAGUUGGAGACAGAAACAGGUUGGUGCUAGGUCGUGGCAAAAUGAGUAUCGCGCCGCUCAGAAGUGGAUGGCCGGAUUACGAUUUUCAUUUUCGCUGUGGCCCAUUUUGCGCAGUACAGAUUUGCUUCAACACCUGGCGCUUGCAUAAGCAGUCUGCGUCACUUGGAGCGCGAGAAGAAGAACCUGGAGAAGGAUUUUCGUCAGGUUGAACUAUGAUAGCGGACAAUUCCAUUUGGAAUUCCUAUCCCCCUCAUUUCUCGUGCAUAGAAGUGGCACCGCCAGAAAUACUUUUACGCUUUUAUAGUAAUUGAGUCUGGGAGGUUCUUGUCGACGACAGCAGCACUACUGGAGUACAUGUGCUUGGAUUUGUUUACGCUGAAGCUACUAGUAGAUUUCGGCUGUUAUAGUUUUUGUUGCUGCUCAACCUGCCAUUGAUUGCAAAUGAGGGGACGAGGAGUCUGUCCUCGUGCAUACGAGAAGGACUGCAGUGUGAAGGUGGAACUGGAAAAGCAAGCACUGAAGAAGGAGGUUUUCCAGCUGCGGGCGGAGCUACAGGGCGAGAAACACCAGCACGCGAAUAUUGUAGUGAAAAAUGCCCCUACCCCCAAAGUUGCAAUGAUUUGUGAUGCGAAGUUUCCAAACGAAAACUUUUUGUCAUGCAAGAAAGGAGUAUGACUCUUUCUGAUGCACAGUCUGGGCGUACAUAGCAUCGCUUGCAUGACAAGCGCCGCUCUUGCUGGCAUCUUUUGCAAUACAAAUUUUUGCUAAUCACGAUCGAAAAUCUGUAAUGCUGAUAGAUGCAAGAGGGCGAAUGUUUUAUUUGGAAAGGUUUGCAAGACAAACGCUUCCAAGUUCCGGGGUGGGGGCAUUUUUCAUUGUAAUAGCGAAGGAGAUCCGGAAGAUCCGGGCGUGGUACGAGAUUCAGGCCAACUAUGGAAGCGUCAGGAUCGAAAUCGUCAAAGUUGAAAUAGUUUGUCAUGCGUAAAAUGCAACCCACAAAAUGCCUGUCUUGCAGAGUAGGCAAGGGAGGCUGAUUGUAAGCCUGUUGCGGGGUAGAAAUGGAGCUGCUGAAGUGGCAUGACAAAGGGCGUCUUCCUUACCCAAACAGCAUUACAAACUGGAUUUCGGCUCUACUCAAAUUUGUCAUGCGCCACUUGGAAACUGCGGUACAACUUUCAUCCCUUUUAUGCAUUGCAAGUUAUUUCAACUUUGUCGAUUUCAAUCCUGACGCAUCCAUACCAACGGGGUCUUCGGGGGCGGCAGGGAGGCGGUGGAAAAGGCAAGGGAGCAUGCGGAUGUGGUACUUGCAACUAGGAGAACUUGAUAUUUACUACUACAUCAUUGGGAGUAACUUCUGUCGGAUCAUACAGAUACAUAUCACGGCCUCUAAGUAGAGUUUCAAGGCUGGAGAAAAAGCUGCGUAUACUUCUGCGCUUGUUUUUGUUCUACUUGUCUUGCAUCACUGCGCAGAAUUUAUUAUUGAGCUGCACUCACAUCAGUUUAGGACAGUCGCGGGGUUCGUUUUUGCGGGUUACUUAAUGAAUGCAGAAGUUCGACGCAGGGACAGAUCAGAGAAGAGAAAGUCUAGUACCACUCGCGGAAGAAAAAAGUUGCGCUGCGUAGAUUUUUUGCAUCAAAAACACAAAUCACCUUCUAUGCACUUCAGGUUCGGUACCAGAAUGCGGACUUCAGCAAGGCGAUCGAGCGGUUGAACGUAAGGAACAAGAAGAAAGUGGAGGGAAUGGAGCAAAAGAUAAUGCUGCAGAAACCCGACCUCUCUCCUGUGCCGUUGGCCCCGACCGCCGCGCCCCCUUCGGGUUCCUCCGCUGCUGCAUUCGGAGGUGACAGGGGCAGCAGCACGCUGACAGCAAGCUCCGGGAAGAGCGGCCGGAGCACGUCGGGCCAGCACCGGUCAGUGGUACGGUUGGCCUCCUCCGCCGGCCGAGGCGGUCCUCCGGGACGAUGCGGCCCGGGUACAAGACCCGCGAGCACCUGUCCAACGACGGCGGCUAGCUCGCCACAGCGGAUCCUGAUGUUCGGGGAUAGAACUGGAAUAUCAAAUUAUGGUGCGGACAGACAGCCACAGACUCUUUAUCAGCGUUCUAGUAUAGCGCCAACUCCAACAUCAGCUGGAGCUCAUCCACUAGCAGAGGGACAAGAUGAUCCAGGGAUGAAGAUGAAGCACAGAGGGUCCUCCUCCGGCGGUGAUGUCUUUUCAGGAGCUCCGAGUCCGUCGAUGUCGCCGCAGCCGAACGGCUUUUCGGGUACUGCAAUUGUUGCAUCGUCACAACAGGACGAAGAUGAACACCGUGAUAUCGCCGCCGAAGAAACAACGGUCACCCGGGGCGGCGGGCCCUCAACGUUCCCACCGCGAUCCGCGAGAGCAGCUUCGGCCUCGGGCGCGAAGCAGGCGACAGCUGGUGAAGUAGACUGCGGUCCGGAAGGUCUUCUUGUUGGGGCACAUCAAGAAGAAAAAAGAUCGCGAGGAGGCUGUACCACAUCCACCAGCGCUGGCACCACGUCGCGGGCGCGGAACUGCGCCAAAAGUGCGAGCUUGUUCAGCAAUAGCAAGGUGAAAGCCGGCCUGGCAGCAGCCUCUACCACUCUGCAGGAGCAGCAGCCGGAGCAGCCGCGUCGGUCUGCGGUUGUCACGGGAAUUGCACCGACCCCUGCUAGUAUCGGCUUUUUCAAGCCGCGAAGCCGCAGUGCGACCGUUGGUGGCGGGUCUCGUACUUUUUCUCGGCCAUCAGCAACGUCAGUCGGAAAAACUGCAACAGCGACGGCGGCCGGCACCUCUGGUAGUUCUACGUUCCGCGGCGGAAUUCGUAAUAGGACAACCUCCGCGGCGGCAGGAACAAUUAAUAGGAGUGCGGCCAAAGCUUCUUGUAGUACAGUCGUUGAGGCCAGUGCGCAAACGAAGGCUUUCCUGGCAAAAAUCCGCACUGGCAAAAAGGCGGGACUGAAUUCUGGGAACCGAAAUUUCGGCCGUCGUGAGCGAUGCGGGGCAGAUCUUCAACAUGGGCAGCUGAAUCGUCCCACCGCAGUGCCAGAAGUGAUAAAUCCUGAGAGUUCAUCAUCUCCACAACCACAGGAGAUGAAGCUGAUGUCCCCGACCACCAGUACUUCGGAAGAAGAUAACGCAUCGACAACUGUUCCGACGUCGGCCGUCGACAGUGCGCAUGACAACUCCAGCUCGGCGGAUUGGCGCGGUGGAGCAAGUGUGUGCAGCACGACAGCAGCUGCACCCUUCGUACACAUAAUUGCCCCGACCUCUACUUCAACUCGUGUUGAAAGAGUGCAGGAGGGGAGCCCCCGCCUGGGUGUUGACGCGGAACAAGGGUCGAAGAUGAGCAGUGUUCUUGAUCCGGUAAUGGAUUCCGAGAACCUAAUCCUAGCACCAGUGGUGACGGUCACGCUUCCGCGGGUGGUGGGCCCCGGUGCUUGUAACGUGCUCAAUGGGAUGAAUUGUACCAGUACAAAAACCCGAACUCGAACGUCCGCGGCUGCUGCCUGCUCUGGUGCAACAGCAACCUCACCUCCAGGAGAAGAAAAUAAUUACAACAGGAGCAGCCAGCAGAUGGCGGCGGCUGCUUGUGCUUUUUCAUCGCCCCCAGGGAAAAAAGGGAAGGAAGUGACUUCGUGCUCCUCACCGGAGCUGGAACGAUCACACGACAAUUCUGGUUCUUCAACCUGGGGCGGGCCGCGUGCAAGUACAACAUCUUCCGGCGGACGGAACAAACCAAAGACGAAGCAACUGCACCGCGACUUGUCUUCGCCAAACUUAUAUCCAGAGAAACGAUGAUGUUGCGUUGACCAUGUAUACGUGCAAAGAAACGUACUGCGACGUGACGUUCAACGUGCGCAGCUCUUGGUAUUUUUAUUUUGCACGAAUACAAACUACAGACUGUUUAUGAUUUGUGCACGUACUACACGGUUGUUAACUCGCGUUUUUCCGCAUGCAUAACUUGCACGAGCUGCUGCCGCCCGACGUGGAGUGGAACAUCGAUGCCGUGUCUGACUUGCUGAAGCGGAAGGGAACAGCGGGCGCUGGGUGUAACGAAAAGUAG